CUGUAUGCUAACCCAUUUUCUAGGCCUAUGCUAUAUAAUCCCAAUUUCCUGCCUCGAGGUCGCUCUUCAAUAGCACACCUAGUCAUUUCAGGAAAAAACACCUCCAGAGAAACCCCCCAACAUCACCAUGAAGCUCCUCCCCACUCUCCUCUUUACCCUCGGCGUCGCCACCGCAAGUCCUAUUGCAGAACCGGCUGCAGACGCAGAAGCCCUCGGCCUCGUGAGUGACGGUGUCACUAUCCAAUCCCGCGGCUGUGGUACCAUCUCUGCAACCGGCAGCAACGUCGCCUCCAUGCUGCAAGGCGAUCAGCAAUGCCACACUCUUUCUAAGGCUAUCAAAAACUAUAAGGUCGGCCAGGGAUGCACAUGCAUGUUCUUUACAGCCCCAAGCUGCGACAUGGGCGGCGAUUGGCCGAGGUGGCUGGUGGGGCCGCAGCAGGGUCAAUUCAGUGUUGAUGGGACGAAGUCGUAUACGUGUGGGGUUUCAAUCGCGAUCGCGUAGAUGAGACGAGUUAGUCGUCGGCAUGUAUCUAUCUUUGUCAAGUUUCCUUUAGAUCUUUCGGUAGCUUGGAUCGUGCAUUUGGAACUCUACUCACAAUCGCCCUGGCUCGGGACUCGGUCCCAAAUCGGGAAUGUUCUUCUCUCCUGUGGGUUAUGCGCGAGGUAACGUACAUCCACCCGUAGCGCAACCACUUCCUCUAAAUAAGUAUUUUAAAUCUACC